GGAAAUAUCGCUCAGCGUCAUCCGUUGUUAUACGGUCUUAGUUGUAUAUAUGCGACACUCUCAGUCAAUACACAUCCUUAUUUUUCUGAUUAUGUUGGGUCUGUUAGGAAAAAUCAAUCGGAUAUCCAUAUCUUUUAUCAUUUUAUGAUGGCACAACAAAUCGUGAAAUUUAAUAAUGGCAAUACUUGUCCCAUUCUUGGUUUGGGUACUUGGCAGUCCAAGCCGAAUGAAGUGAUUCAAGCAGUUAAGGAUGCCAUUGACAUCGGCUACCGGCAUCUAGAUUGUGCCCCCGUUUAUGGAAACGAACCUGAGGUCGGUGCAGCAGUUGCCGCAAAAAUUAAAGAAGGCGUUAUUAAACGGGAAGAUAUUUUUAUCACGAGUAAAUUGUGGAACACGAACCAUCAACCUGAUCUAGUCGAACCUGCAUUAAAAAAGACUUUGAAUAAUCUUGGGCUUGAAUAUCUCGAUCUUUACUUGAUGCAUACACCAAUGGGGUUCAAGCCUGGUGAUGAUCCAUUCCCUAAAGAUGCUGAUGAUAAAUCUAUAAACGAUGAUACCGAUUAUGUCGAUACUUGGCAUGCAAUGGAGAAUCUUGUAAAGAAAGGUCUUGUAAAGAACAUUGGAGUGAGCAACUUCAAUUAUCAACAAAUGGAACGAAUACUUUCUAACUGUACAAUAAAACCAGUGACAAAUCAGGUUGAAUGCCAUCCAUAUUUAAUUGAGAAGAAAUUGUCUGACUUUUGCAAUUCUAAAGGAGUCCUGAUUACUGCUUACUGUCCUUUCGCUAAGCCAGGUCUUAACGUUGACGAGCCUGUACUGUUAGAAGACUCAAAAAUUACAGCGCUAGCUACCAAAUACAAAAAAACUCCUGCUCAAGUAGUACUGCGAUAUCAAAUACAACGUGGACACAUAGUGAUUCCUAAAUCAGUAACAAAAUCGAGAAUACAAGAAAACUUUAAUAUCUUUGAUUUUGAAUUAAGUUCAGAGGAUAUGAAUACAAUAAAUAGUAUGAAUUGUAAUAAAAGAGUUGGCUUAAGACCUGAAAAUUUCAGAUUUAAUCACCACAAAUACUUCCCCUACAACACAGAAUUUUAGUAUUAUUUUAUAAACCAACACUAAUAAAGAGAAUUUUAAUAUUAUAUUAUAAACCAUAAAUAAUGAAAUAUAUUUCUUUUUAAAUUA